CCCUGUCUCCCUCCCUCCGUCCGUCCCUCCCGCCGCUCCCCGCCGCCGCAGCCUCGCCUGCCGGCCUCCCUGAUGCCGAGGGAUGGAUAGAGCGGCUGCCCUGCGAGCCGCCGGCAUGCUGGAGAGGAAGGAGCGGAGCGGCGGCGAGGCGGCGGGGCCGCGGGGCUUGCCGGCCGUGCGGAGCACGCUGCAGCAGUGCGGGCUGCUGCAGGACCUCAUCGACAUCUCGCUCUCCAACCUGCGCGGGCUCCGCACCAAGUGCGCCGCGUCCAACGACCUCACGCAGCAGGAGAUCCGCACGCUGGAGGUGAAGCUGAUCGACUACAUCCACAGGCAGCGGCAGUGCAAGCUCAGCGUGCCCCUGAGCGACAGGACGGCCGAGCUCAACAGCUACCCCCGCUUCAACGACUGGCUGGACAUCGUCAACGUGAGGAAAGAAGUUGUGCAGAGGAUACCAGAGGAGCUGACCUUGGAUGCCUUACUAGAAAUGAACGAGUCAAAGGUGAAGGAAACAAUGAAGAGAUGUGGUGCCAGAGAUGAGGAGUGCUCCAGGCUCAACGGGGCACUCAGCUGCCUGCGCAAGGUGACAGAAUCAGGGGAGCUGAAGGACGACGUGCUGGUGAACCUGCCCGAGGCGCGCCGGGACAGCAGCUCCUCGCAGCCGGACCCCGCAGCCGGACCCCGCACCCAGCCCCGCUCUGUGUCCGUGUCCACAGCCCCUCCCUCAGAGCCCCCGGCGAGCCACGGACCCUCCGUGUACGCAGAGAACCUCCUGGAGCCCUUGGUGCUGGCCAGCCAGGGCGGGAGGCUGACCCCCAGGACUCACAGCAUCACCAUCACCCCCCCGGCCACGCCCCAGGCCAGGCGGCGGCACAAGCUGAAGCCACCACGGACUCCUCCCCCCCCCUGCAGGAAGGUGUUCCAGCUGCUGCCCAACUUCCCAACCCUCACGAGGAGCAAGUCCCAUGAAUCACAGCUGGGAAACAGGAUAGAUGAAGUUCCUCCAAUAAAGUUCGAGCUCUCCCAGGGAUCCCCUCAGACGGUACGAAGAGACUUUGGCCUGGCGGUGACACACAGGUUCUCUACCAAGUCCUGGCUGUCUCAGAUUUGCCAAGUCUGUCAGAAGAGCAUGAUGUUCGGGGUGAAGUGUAAGUACUGCAGAUUAAAAUGUCACAACAAAUGUACUAAAGAGGCACCUGCUUGUAGAAUAUCCUUCCUUCCCAUAGCAAAAAUAAGAAGAACAGAAUCUGUCCCAUCUGAUAUCAAUAAUCCAGUAGACAGACCCACAGAGCCACAGUUUGGAACUCUCCCCAAAGCACUAACUAAAAAGGAGCAUCCACCAGCAAUAAACCACCUGGACUCCAGCAGUAAUCCUUCCUCUACAACCUCAUCCACUCCAUCCUCCCCAGCACCCUUCCAGUCUUCCAACCCUCCCAGUGCAACGCCUCCCCCAAACCCAUCUCCCAUGGGCCAGAGGGACGGGCGAUUCAACUUCCCAGCUGCCUACUACCUUCAGCAUAGACAACAGUUUAUCUUCCCAGAAAUUCCCAGCCCUGCACAAACAGCACAACCUCCAGAAACUGCUGCAGACACUAACAGUGCCCAGCCAGGCCCGGGCGGAGGUGGACGCGAGGCACAGGUGGAAGAACCAGAGACCAAUAAAUCAGAGCCUGAGGAUGACGAGGACGAGGUGGAAGAUUUGCCGAACCGGCGACCGCACCUGCAGGGGAUGAUUUACCGCAAGCCCAGCCAGACCAGCGUGUACCUGCAGGAGUGGGACAUCCCCUUCGAGCAGAUCGAGCUGGGGGACCCCAUCGGCCAGGGCCGCUGGGGGAAGGUCUACAAGGGCAAGUGGCACGGGGAGGUGGCCAUCAGGCUGCUGGAGAUCGACGGGAACAACCAGGAUCAUCUCAAACUCUUUAAAAAGGAAGUGAUGAACUACAGACAGACCCGGCACGAGAACGUGGUGCUGUUCAUGGGAGCCUGCAUGAACCCCCCUCACUUAGCAAUCAUUACCAGCUUCUGCAAAGGAAGGACACUGCACUCCUUUGUGAGGGACCCCAAGAUAUCCCUGGACAUUAACAAAACCAGGCAGAUAGCACAGGAGAUCAUUAAGGGCAUGGGGUAUCUCCACGCAAAGGGCAUCGUACAUAAGGAUCUGAAAUCCAAGAAUGUUUUCUAUGACAAUGGGAAAGUUGUGAUCACCGACUUUGGAUUAUUUGGAAUUUCGGGCGUGGUUCAGGAAGGAAGGAGGGAGAACGAACUGAAGUUGCCUCAUGACUGGCUGUGCUACCUGGCCCCCGAGAUCGUCCGGGAGAUGGCCCCAGGGAAAGAUGAAGACAAGCUGCCUUUCUCCAAAGCUGCAGAUAUCUAUGCCUUUGGGACGGUGUGGUUCGAGCUGCAGGCUCGGGAGUGGCCGUUCCGGACCCAGCCUGCUGAGGCGCUCAUCUGGCAGAUCGGCAGCGGAGAGGGGGUGCGGCAGGUCCUGGCCACCGUCAGCCUGGGCAAGGAAGUCAACGAAAUCCUCUCGGCCUGCUGGGCCUUCGACCUGAGCGAGAGGCCCAGCUUCACUGUCCUCAUGGAGAUGCUGGAAAAGCUGCCAAAACUCAACCGCCGGCUCUCCCACCCGGGGCACUUCUGGAAGUCUGCUGACAUUAACAGUAGCAAAGUUGUCCUGCGUUUUGAAAGGUUUGGCUUGGGAAUCCUGGAGCCGAGUAACCCAAAGCUGUAGCGCGGUGUCCUUGGGACCGUGUUUCUGCCUGCUCCCACACGGCACCAGAAACCCUCAGUGCUCCACCUGCCGAGGCUGGUGCAGCCCCUCUGAAGACCAUCAGCUCAGCUCCAUGUCCUGCCUGAGCACCAGCAGUUAUUUAAGCAAUGUUUACAUGAUACUUUUGUGUGAACUAUAUUUUUUUAAACAUAAUAAAAACAGUGAAUCAAGUUUAACUACAGCCAUUCUCAAACAGCACUGAGAAAGAGAGAAGAACAGUUCCUGGUUCCUCCUUGUGUCUGUGGUCAGUGGGAGCCACGCUCUGCCUGCAGAGCUCUGGGUUCCCUGAGCAGUGGGACAGCUCCUGCGAGGCACUGGCCUGCAGAGGGAGGGUUUCCUUCGGGAAGGGAGAGCCCAGCCUGCUGCCCUGGUACUGCCCAAAGCAGUCACUGAGCCCGAGGUCUGGUUCAGCAGGGCUGCUCCAGCUCUGGGUCACCCUGAAUUCAGCUCCCCCAGCUCGGAUGUCCUGCUGCAGGGGGCCUGUCUCAGUUAAUGACCCAAGUGCUCUUCUCCACAGAACUCACACUAAAACCUGCUCCUUCUCCUACAGUCCCAGAGGAUCGAGACUUGCUGGCCUUUAAGAAUAAACCCGUGACAUGUCACAGCUCUGCACAGGGGGCAAAUUCUUCUUUUGAAAUUUAGGCACAUGUUCCAGUCCCCUAAAGUUGUGACAUUUCUGGAAACAUAACACUGUCCAACAGCCUCGACUCUUCCAGCCCCAUCACUGUUGCAGUUGUAGAAGAAAUUACAUUUUCCAGAGCUGCAGGUUUGUUUUAAGACCAAAAAAUCAUCAUCCCCCAUCCAGUGCACAGUAUGGGGGUUGUGGAGCCAGCAGCCAGUGACCACAUCAAGCUGAGGGAUUCAUCAUCCCAUUGCCAGUUAACUGCAGUCUCUUACCAGAGGUUCCCUCGUGCCUCCCAUCCAUGUUCCUCAGCUUCUGUGGGAGGACCCCAGUACACCACAACCCUUCAGACCCUUCCUGUCUGUGCAGCUUUGGUUUUGCUGAGACAGGUCCUUAGGGCUCCCUGGGACUCACCAGAUUUCAUUUCUCCAACUGCAGCAGCUCAUGACACCCCCCAGGUCCCCUUCCCCACCGUCACAAGGCUUUCACCUGAGGUUUGAGGAGGGGAGCUCUAAAAUCCUGUGGGCAGACAAAGUGCCAGCCCUCAGUUCAGCUGCCUCGUGUGGAGAGCCAAGUGGCACAAAACCUGAGUUCUGUGGAGCAGAGACCUUCACUCCCAUGUGUCAGUUGUAGCCUCUUCCAAGUGUUUUGACAGAGACUUUUGAAAUGUGUCUUGGAUAUAAAAGAGAAAAUGGCUUUGGCGUGGCCAGGGGUGGCCUGGCAGUACUCUGUGCUCCCUUUCCUCUCCCCUGGUAAAGGCAAAUGAGCCCCCUCCUGGCACAGCAGUUCCCCCUGCACCCUCGGGCUCUGCAGGACUCGCUGUUUGUCUCUCGGUAAUUGUGUCAGCAGCUUUAAGCAGAAGUUGUUUUCCCACAAGUGCUGCUUAAAUAACAGCAGCACAGCACAAACCCAAAGCAGGGAGAGGAGUGCUGCCUCUGGCUGGAACCCACCCUGGGCUUCCUGCAGCCUGUCCCUUUGCAGCCCUGGGCUCAGUCCGUGUCCCCGGGACACCUGGGAUGUUCCAGUGGGACCAGUGGCCCAGCUGGAGCUCGGUGUGUGCUCAGGUUUUGUCUCAGAGGCCGGACUGGGGAAGCACAGCCAGCCCUGGGUGUGCAGCCAGAUUGAAACAAAUUAAAAAACCCAACAGACUGUCACCAUUUGUCCUCCCUGGACCCUUCCUGCCCCUCUGUGCCCCAGGUCAGUGUGUGGGACACUGGGACGUGUCCCCCCAGCUGGGAACGUGCCCUGCAGUCCUGGGCACGGGGGGCUGUUCAAAACCUGCCUUGAACAGAACUUGGGAUUCUAAUCUGACCUGACCUGGGUGGUGUGUGGAACACCCACAAAUUGCCCUUAAACACAAAGCCCAGCCUCUGGUCCCAGUGCAGCCCAGAGGAGAGAGCUGUUCCUGUCUCGGGGGUUGUUUCAAUCAGUGGCAUUGGCUGAGCCACCACAAGGCUUGGGGGGCUCGGGCUCUGCCAUCUCCCAGUCCCUGGGUUGUGUUCCUGUCACACGUCCUGUCCUGUCCCGUUGGAGCUGUCCGUGUGACGAUGCUGCUACAGGAGCCACACGUCGGUAGUGCAUGUAAAUGGUCUGUAACAUGGUGAACAUGGACACGUUUUCUUUUCAAAUGUGAUGUAAACUUUGUACAGUACAAAUUUUUUUUUAUAUUUUCUAUGAACUGAGUGUCUUCCAGAAUUGCUAUUAAAUUAAUUACAAAUUGUUAGGAUUAACAACAGUUUCUGUAUUAGUUUAUGCAACCAGCAAAAAAAAGAAAAAAAAAAAAAAAAGGAAAAAAACCCCCAAGAGUGCACUCUAUGCUACUGGAAUUCUGGAUAUGUAGGAAUCUUUUCAGUGAAUAAAUCUUUGCUCUGGAUAAA